AUGUCUGCCUCAGCGAUCUUGGACAGAAGGUGAGCUCAGUUAGGUUUUGACAGCGGAACGCGUAGGUACAGUGAAACGGGUAGCAACGGGAUAGCGGGUUUAGUGUAGCACAGAACGGACCACAAAGUACAGAAAAUAUUAAAAACGACUACAGACUACGUUAUUGUUAAACAGUUUACCUAAAAAUCCUAAGGAAAAAAUAACCAAAUUAAACCGAAAGUUAAAGUUGUGUUUAUGUUUGAUCGUUGAGUUAUUGUUAUAUCGAAAGUUAAACGAGCGUUGUUAAUGAGACAUUGAGACAAAAUCCGAAAAGAAUCGUUACCAAGUUAAACCGAAAGUCCAAAAAACAAGUUCGAAAAUGUCUUUCUCCAAGGCCAAGUUGAAGCGUUUCAACGACGUGGAUGUGGCCAUCUGCGGUUCGCCAGCUGCGUCCAACAGCUCGGCGGGAUCGGCGGGCAGUGCCACGCCCACCGCGGCUUCGGCAGCCGCUGCUCCGCCCACCGUUCAACCGGAACGCAAGGAGCAGAUCGAGAAGUUCUUCAAGGACGCCGUGCGUUUCGCGUCCAGCUCGAAGGAGGCCAAGGAAUUCGCCAUUCCUAAGGAGGACAAAAAGUCAAAGGGAUUACGCCUGUUUCGUACUCCUUCGUUGCCGCAGCGCCUGCGCUUCCGUCCGACUCCCAGUCACACGGAUACGGCCACCGGAAGCGGAAGUGGAGCCUCAACAGCGGCAUCCACUCCUCUGCACUCGGCUGCCACCACGCCCGUGAAGGAGGCCAAGUCGGCCAGCCGUUUGAAGGGCAAGGAGGCACUCCAGUACGAGAUCCGUCACAAGAACGAGCUGAUCGAGAGCCAGUUGAGCCAACUGGACGUGCUGCGCCGCCAUGUGGAUCAGUUGAAGGAAGCCGAGGCCAAGUUGCGCGAGGAGCAUGAGUUGGCCACCUCCAAGACAGAUCAGCUCAUCGAAGCCCUGACCAGUGAGAAUUUGUCGCACAAAGCUCUGAACGAGCAGAUGGGCCAGGAGCACGCUGCUCUUCUGGAGCGUUUGGCCGCCAUGGAGCAGCAGUUGCAGCAACAGCACGAGGAGCAUGAAAGCCAAGUGGAGGCGUUGGUUGCCGAGAGCGAGGCACUGCGUCUGGCCAACGAGCUUCUGCAGACAGCGAAUGAAGAUCGUCAAAAGGUGGAGGAGCAGCUGCAGGCACAACUCUCUGCUCUGCAGGCGGAUGUGGCUCAGGCCCGCGAGCACUGCAGCCUGGAGCAAGCCAAGACCGCCGAGAACAUUGAGCUGGUUGAGAAUCUCCAGAAGAGCAAUGCCUCCCUGCUGGCCGACGUAGUCCAGCUGAAGCAGCAGAUCGAACAGGAUGCCCUGUCCUACGGACAGGAGGCCAAGAGCUGCCAGGCGGAACUGGAGUGUCUGAAGGUGGAGCGCAACACCCUGAAGAAUGACUUGGCCAACAAGUGCACUCUGAUCCGCUCGCUGCAGGACGAGCUUCUGGACAAGAACUGCGAGAUCGAUGCUCACUGCGAUACCAUCCGCCAGCUGUGCCGGGAACAGGCUCGUCACACCGAGCAGCAGCAGGCGGUGGCCAAGGUGCAGCAGCAGGUGGAGAGCGACCUGGAGAGCGCCGUAGAGCGCGAGAAGAGCUACUGGCGCGCCGAGCUGGACAAGCGCCAGAAGCUGGCCGAGAACGAGCUGAUCAAGAUCGAGCUGGAGAAGCAGGACGUGAUGGUGCUGCUGGAGACCACCAAUGAUAUGCUGCGCAUGCGCGACGAGAAGCUGCAGAAAUGCGAGGAGCAGUUGCGCAACGGCAUCGACUACUACAUCCAGAUGAGCGACGCACUGCAGCAGCAGCUGGUGCAGCUGAAGCAGGACAUGGCCAAGACGAUCACCGAGAAGUACAACUACCAGCUGACUUUGACCAACACCCGGGCCACCGUCAACAUACUGAUGGAGCGUCUGAAGAAGUCCGAUGCGGAUGUGGAGCAGUACCGUGCGGAGCUGGAAUCGGUGCAGCUGGCCAAGGGAGCGCUGGAGCAGAGCUAUCUGGUGUUGCAGGCGGACGCAGAGCAACUGCGCCAGCAAUUGACCGAGAGCCAGGAUGCGCUCAACGCACUGAGAUCCUCCUCCCAGACGCUGCAGAGCGAGGUAUCGUUGAAGGAGUCCUUGCUCCACGAGCUGCUCGCCGGCGAGGCGGAGACGUUGGCUAAAUUCAAUCAGAUUGCAAACUCGUUCCAGGAGCGCAUCGAUGGCGACGCCCAGCUGGCCCACUACCACGAGCUGCGCCGCAAGGACGAGACGCGCGAGGCGUACAUGGUGGACAUGAAGAAGGCGCUCGACGAGUUCGCCACUGUGUUGCAGUUCGCCCAGUUGGAGCUGGACAACAAGGAGCAGCUGCUUGUCAAAGUACGCGAGGAGUGUGAACAGCUCAAGCUGGAGAACAUUGCCCUCAAGUCCAAGCAACCGGGAUCCGCAUCUCUGCUGGGAACACCUGGCAAGGCCAACCGCUCGAACACCACCGAUCUGGAGAAGAUCGAGGAUCUGCUGUGCGACUCGGAGCUGCGUUCCGACUGCGAGAAGAUCACCUCGUGGCUGCUCAACUCCUCGGACAAGUGCGUGCGCCAGGACAGCACCAGCGAGAUCAACGAGCUCCUGUCCGCCGGCAAGUCCUCGCCCCGUCCCGCCCCCCGCACACCCAAGGCGGCGCCGCACACCCCGCGCAGUCCGCGCACCCCCCGAACCCCACGAACACCACGAUCGGCGGCCAGCACUCCCAAGAAGACUGUCCUGUUCGCCGGCAAGGAGAACGUGCCCAGUCCGCCACAGAAGCAGGUGCUCAAGGCACGCAACAUCUAGGCUAUUCCUUUGUACCAACUACUCUAUCGUACUAUUAUAAAUUAUAUACCUUAGCUAAGAUCCGAUUCGAAAUAUAAUCAAUACACGUUGCACACAACACAGCCAGAGGUGUUUCUGAAAUCUCUUUCGAACACACUCCGACUAAAGUCCAAA